UUUACCUGAUUUACUUACUGUACGCUCACUAAAAAGAGCCUCUGUCAAAAAAAUCAUGUCUAAUUUGUCCCGAUCUGAAAUGAAUUGAUUAUCGCGCUAGUUCAGUCCGAUGAAACUAAUUUAGCACAACUUCAGCGAUGGAGAUCACACCAAAAGCAACAGCCAAAUUCAAAUCAGUUUAUUCCACUCCCGAAGACACAGGAGACAGAAGUCCGUGUGGCUCCAGCACAGAAAAGUCACAGCACAGACUCAGUGCUUCUUUGAGGGAGAGGCUGAAAAGAUCCAGGCGCUCCUUCACCUCUCCUUUGUCCGUGGCCAAACGCUUGUGUGUGGAUGAAGAGGAUGAUGAAGCCCGAAGCCAACAAGUCACAACAGUAACUACCAAAGAGACAGUUAAUAACCCUCCAUUGAACAGGCACAAUGUGGACGUGAGGAGAAACGUGUCCGGAUCAAAUAACAGAGGAGACUGUAGCAGUGGACCCAUUUCAGAACAACUCCACCAACUGAGGGGGGAGGUGAAAGAUAAGACAGAGACUCUGAGAAGACUAAAGAUGGUGAAGAUGUAUAGAAGCAAGAAUAAUCUCACUCAACUCCAGUCCUUGAUUGACAAGUGGAGGCGCUGUGCCCAGGCUGUGCUUUAUGAACUGCAGUCACAGGUCACCCAAGAUGGAAAGAAAACCAGUCUAUCAGAACUUAUAGAUCUGUUUGGCUUAGAGGACAAUAUUCUGCACUUUGACCGCACAGAGGAGGACUUCACGACAUAAGUGUAAUGAUAGGUUAUGCAUGAGUUCAAGGCAUUCCAAAAGUUGCUUAAAACUUAGUUGGACAAUAUUUAUGGUGGAAUGUUCUUUUCAAGUGUGAAAUAGUAAAUGUGAACUACUUUAUGGUAAAUAUCUGAGUAAUGAUUGGGUUUAUACUCAAGAAGCAGCUGGUACAACAACUAAUAACUAAUAACACCAACUGACAACUUUUACUUAUUUGGACUGAUGACAGUAUAGUUUGAAAAAUGUGUUAUUUUUCUGUUUUCAGUUGUGAGUUUGAAAACCUCAUUCUUAACAGCUUUUUGUGCCAUAUAGAGUAAGAUUGGCCAAUGUUACCAAAACCUAUUCACACAAACUGAACAGUUAAGAGCCCAAAAUGCAUUACAUUUCAUUUUGUUGGUACUGAAUACCUUAAGUUA